UCAGUUUCAUGGACGACAGCGAAGCUUAGGGAAGAUGCAUUACCGAAAAUCACGAGCUUUCUACAAAAAUGUCGCUCGUUAGCGGCCUGUUACAAGUGUUUUUGAUACUGGGAAGUGUCAAUGAAGGGAGAUAUGUUAAUCCUGAGGACAGCGUUUUAAGGGAAGCGAGAUGUAAGGCGAGGUGUCUAAGCGAGCUUGAAGAGAGAUCCGCGGGGACACACGACCCUAGUGCUUUGACGUUGACAGGUUGUCAGGAAAAUGUCACCUGUUCUCAGUGUCUGAAACCAUGCGGCCAAACUCAUACUGGUUUAGACGACUGCAAAGCAAGGUGUCAGGAUCAUGAAAGUUGCCUAAAUUCCUGCUUAUUUCUGGACGACAUCAAGACCAACAGGCCAGGGUUGUGUCCUCCAGCAGAAGAGGCUGUCGGUUUCGCAGCCGUGUGCGUGGAGGCAUGCACCACAGAUGCCAGUUGUCCGGCCAGAGAUGACAAGUGUUGCGACAACGGCUGCGGACACACUUGUCAGAAGGCAAAAGGAGAGGAAAAUAGGUUGCCAGCAAGACCAUAUAUCAAGAGGAUCCAGGAGCUGACAGUGAACAACAGGGUGGUGGUAACCUGGAAGCCCAGCGCCCCGCAGAGGCACUCUGUACCCUUGGUCCACGUACUGCAGUCUCGCCAGAACCCAGGGGAGAAGGGGAAGGAGGCUUUGUGGACCGAGUGGGAAACUGUGAAACAGACCACUCAGUACAGUGCCAACAUAGACGAUGCAAUUCUCGGUUACUGGUACGAGUUCCGAGUUGCCACGGUGAGCACCAAUGGCAGUGUGGGAUUCAGUUCCGGGUCCAAGGCAUUGAGGCUCAGCAGAGUUCCACAGCCGCCUUCACAACCAGUCAACCUUACCGAAGGAAGUACCACAGUGCAUGAUGGGAAAAUUGAUGUUGAAAUAAAAUGGCUACCACCACUGACUUCUGACCUUCCAAUUAUAAGAUACAGGGUAUUUUGGAGUGAGAGACUCAGUAGUAUAAGCCCUGUGUUUGUUUCUCUGAAAGAACACAGGCAGUCUGUCUCAGGGAAUCAAAACAGCUACACAAUCAAAAAUCUCAAACCAGACACCACAUAUUUUGUUGAGGUGCAAGCAAUAUGUCGCUAUGGUCGCAAAAAGCUGAGGAGCCGGAGGAGGUCUUUCUAUAUCACUACCUAUGCAAUACCUACAGCACCACCUGUUUCAGAACGUCCCACUGUCUUUGACAUGGCUUAUCUUGACCUACCAAUGCCCCCUACAGUACUGAACCUCACUGUGCCAGAGGUGUAUUUUUCUGAAGGCCAACUAAGGGCAAAGGUCACCUGGCUGACCACUGCAACCCCUGCAGAUUUUGUCUUGGUGCAGAAGUACACAGUCCACUGGGUGGCGCUUGUGUGUCAAGAUGAGCCACAGACAGAAGCAAUAAAGAAAGGUGCUACAACACAUGACACAUUGUUUACUCUCUAUGACCUGGAAUACAGUUGCCAUUAUGAGGUGAUGGUACGGAGUGUCUCUGCAGAGGGAAGGCAGAGCACUGUUACAACAGCCAGGUUUUACACCCCAUCUUGCCAUUCAGUGAAAGUGAAGGGGGAUAUAGCCCCCAACUGCCCGGCAACACCAGCUCCUCAGGUUACCAUGGAGACAGAGACUGUGAGAGGUAUGGAGGGAACAUCCGCCAUAUUGAGGUGUAACGUUAUCGGGAUGGAAGCUCCAGCUUUAAGUUGGAGUAGGAAAGAUGGUGAAGAACUGACCGCCUCCAAUCACAGGCUACUAGAUGGUGCUCUUCACAUAUUGAGCCUCUCAGCAGAGGACUCUGGGGUGUAUGUCUGCAGUGCGCAGAACCAUCGGGGUCAGGUUGCCACGGGCACAGUGACAGUGAUUGUUGAAAAACCUGUUCUACCUCCCAAGCCAAAAGAGCUCCAGCACAGCUUCAUUAUCACAGACGGCAACAUUACUGCCCAUUUGACCUGGAAACUUCCUGCCCCUGCCCCAGAAGAUGCAUAUCAUAGCAUUACAGGGUUUCAGGUCAGUUGGGGUCAAAGGUCAGGGUCAUCUGAAGGUCAGGGGUCGAGUUCCACGAUGACUGGUGCAACAGUGGCUGUGUCGAUACCUGAAGACCUUGAGGCAACUUUUGAGCUCAGUCUGGCUGACCUAGACGAAGGGACAGUGUACGUGGUCCAGGUACAGGUGCUGUCCACAGUGGGGGCAGGGCCAGCCCAGAAGAUCAGUUUUACCACUCCCGUCUUGAAUUUUAAUACUCAACUCCAAGAACCAUCUGCGCAAGAGGAAGAGCAUAAUUCUCACAUGAAUAAUAAAGAAAAGAAGGACAAAUAUGACACAGAACAUAACUUCAAAGAAAGGACAUUAAAGUCUACAUCUGGAUCAUGGAGCCUCAAGAUGCACCAGAGCUAUUUUAUGCAGGGUUCCUUACUUUUGUUUGCUCUCUUAAAAAUAGGUGUCACUGGUGUAGUCUUGUGAUGGAUUAUAGAGAGCGCUGUUGUACAGUCGUCAGUGUGUCUGUUGAGAUAUCUUCCAGAUAUAGCUGCUCUAGUGAAGAAUAUCCUGUGCCUGAUGGACAUUUUCAUGUAAUAUGACAUGAUGAUGUUUUAGAUUGUCUUGAAAAAAAGUAUUUGGUGGUAGUAUACAUGGAUGCCAUCUGUUGACAAUCUUAGCUAUGCUCUCUGACAAUGAGAAGAGAGAACAUAUUUUUUGUGCUUAUAACUUGUGUAUUCGCAUCACUACAGAAUUUUAUGAUCUUGAGCUGGUCUCUUGAAUGAUACCCAGUUAUCAGUUUGUACUUAACUGUCUUCUUGCAUGCCAUUGUUUUAUGUAACAAAUAUUACAAAAUGUAAUGCAAAGCGAUUUUGAUUUUGCAGCAGUUUGCUAAAAUUAUGGGUUUGUUGUGAUAGGUAUUAUUUUUGUAAGAAUUUCAUGUGCAUGUGGACUGUUCUGCCCAAGCAGACUUGCUGAUUUGACAUGCAUGUAGGAAAAUGGCAUUUUAUCAAAGUUUGACAUAUUUGACAUAUUGACUUGUGUGUUACAUCAAGUUUUUGGAGCCAGUUAUUUGUAAGGGUGAGAAAAAGAGAGAAAGACUUGUGUAAUGUACUCAUGUAAAUCAUGUUAGUAUAUUAUUUACAAAUGAUGAACACGCAUAAUGAACAAGUUAUUCCUAGCUUUUACAAACAAAAUCGACUUAAUUUUUAGUUUUGUAUAUUUUAUGUUUAGUUUUAUGUUAUUUUGCUAUAUGAUAUGUUAUUGAUAUAUAUGAAAUACAGUGUAUAGUGUCCCCAGUUCAUACCCACUUGUACCCUUGACACUAAAGUGUGUGUCUUGGUAGAAUUUAUUCUUUUUUGUAAACUUUGUCACGCACAUUUAAAUGUAUCGCAUUGUAUAAGAUUUACUUUGAUACAUAGAUUUUACUGAUUAAUGAACUUCAGUUCUUGCGAUAUAGAAGCAUUUCAAUUUUUACCGUAUGUUGACAGUCAAAGUUUCUUUGAGACGGAUUAUCUGAUAUAUACUGGUUCAAAACGACUUGGGAGAAUUCUGAUUCUGAAAGGAUCUGAAAUAGGGGAAAAACAGAAUGAUAUUUCUUAAUUCGUUUUAUCACAAAUAUUUGCAUGAUGUUCUGGCAGUGAGAUUUGUAUUAAGAUGUUGGAAUUGGCAUGUUUUAAUAGCUUGUCAGCAAAAGAUCUGUUCGAUUUACUAUACGUAGCCUGAUGCGGAUGCCAAGAUGCAGAUUUGUUAAUGAUUUUUUAAGAAGAUUGAUCAGUAAAAUGCUACAAUUGUUGA